CUGAGGCGCUCCUCGGCUCCCCGGGGCGAGCGGCUUCCCCGCCCGGCUCGGGCCGGGUUCUUCCCUGCCCCGCGCUGCUCCUCGCCCCGCCCGGCCCCGCGCACCGCCGUUCCCCCGGGGCUCGGUGCGUCCGGAGCGGCAGAGCCCUGGGCAGCCGUUGGGAGGGGCCGUUGAUUAGACGAGAAAUCCCGCUUCUGGCCCUGCGGAGCUGCAGCGCUGUGCCUUCCUUUUGCGGCAGUGCCGUGAUUGACAGGUCGCCCCUCCGUCCCCCACAGAGCUUCAGGGUCCGACUAACUCUGGUGCACUCGCUUGUCAUCGUAAUUUCUCUUUUAGUUUGCUUAAAGCCACUCGGUUGGGCGACUUUUGUGUUUGUUUCUUAAAGAUUGGGAUUAAGAGAUGCUUGUUUCCUCCGGUUUGGUGAAAGCACAGGAGUGAUGUGUGAGGUGACCUCACAGAACCAUUGCAGAGGUGGGACUGUUCGGCCCAAUGCUCCUUAGCAGACCUGUGCUCUGAGCAAGCUCCAGGCCUUUCAUGGAAAGUGCAGCUCUGUGUUAUGUCAUCCUAAAAAAAACAAGAUAUUCUGAGGAUAGUUGGCUUGGAAGCCCAUAUCAGAGCCACCGCUGUGCUGUGUGUGAAUUGGACACGCCUCGGGCUGAGCAGCUGAGUUGGGUUGGUUGCCAGAUGGUGGCUGGAAGGUGCGUCAGCAGAAAGGUUUAUCUGGGGCAGAGUUCCUUCUGCUCUCCCCUCCUAUCUCAAAUGGCUGUUUCCAGGGGAAAUUGGUUAUUUUUUGAGACUUCGUAUGGUAUUUCAGUGAGGGUGAUGAAUCAUCCUUACUCUCUUAGUAAAUUGCUGCCAGAGUCCAGCAAUGAUUUCAGAAAUAAAAAAGGAAUGAGUGUGUUCUCUCCUGAGAGAAGCAGUGGCUUCAUAGUACCCUUCAUCUGGAAGAGGUUCCCAGUGCCUGGUCAGCACUAAGGAGGAAGGGGACAUAGAGCCACUCAGUAUCAGUGUAGGAAAAAAAGGAGUUAUGGAUUAAGAGAGAGGAGCUCCAUUAAAAAUUGGUACUCCCUAAAAAUCUGUUGAGGACUGGGAUGUGCAGGUCCUGCUUCCACGUGGUGUGCUGUGCUCAUGCCUGUUGUUGCUGUACAACAUGGGGGGCACGACUUCAUUGAACGGGUCGUGUUGCCUGGAAAAGAACAGAGACUCCAACGUGUGAGCCCGGAGCAUCUGGAAAAGACAGAGGGAGUUUUCUUCAUGAAAGCAAAUACUUCCAGAAGUGCUUUCAUGGCAGAAAUUCAGACAAACAAACGCUUCUGUUGUCUGACCCUUCUCUUUGGCCCUCAGCACAAUGGUGUGCUGCCUUUCCUGCCCCUCACAGCACUGCGAGGUGCCAAGAGCUGUGCUUUAAGUCUGCUGGAGGGUGAGUGGCAGCAGAGACUUUCCAAGUGAAAUACUUCAUGCUGUAGAUAAACAGCAACAAAUACAGCUGGGUAAAUGUGGUCAUCUUCCUCUAACAUUUUAGUUGAAGCACAAAAAAAUCCUCUUCCCUUCUUGCUGUUUUCUGCAGGACAGCAAACUAGAAAGCAAGAGCGGGGAAUAGAUGGUGUUGUUUGGUGCUCAGGAAGGCAAGAUGCAAAAGAAACGAGAUGCUCCCUUUAUACUACCUGUCUUCUUUUGGCAAGGGCUGGGCUCAGGGCAGUGCUGUUGUCUGUGUGUGUGUUUGUGUGCACUGAGUCCCAGCUGCUGUGUAGCUGGAAUCCUUUUGUACAGAACAGACUUGAAAUCUCUUGAUACAAAAACUUGACUGGCAUUCUGGAGGAGAAAGGAAGUAUUUAAAAACGGGAAGCAAACUGCUGAGAGAAGUGCUGAGUGCUCCAGAGUUACUCGCUGUGCACAGGCUCCCAGGGCUCAGUCCUUGGUUAGCGUUUGGUCUGCUGUGCUAAGAGAUGUUUGGGGUUAUCCUGUUUUAAAAUUGCAGGGAGCGGAGGGCUGUGGGAUAUUUCUAGUUGUGUUUUCUUCCUGCUUCUGAGUCCAGAUCCCUUCCAAUUGCGAGCAGAACUGAAGGCAAUGAGUGCAGUGCUGAGCUGGGUGGGCGUUCCUCAGAGCAGAAUCCAGAGAUGUGUUUGUGCCCAGCUCCGUGCUGGGCAGCACUGAGGUUGUUAGGAGCAGGUGCGUAUAGGAAUCUGCAUGAGAUGAAUCUGGUUGUGGAGGUGCUAAAGGUCAAAAGGGAGCAUUGCUGUCAGUACUGGAGAAGGAAUCUUUGCCCUUAACUGCUGUUUUUAUUCCCUUUGUCAUGCAGUCAAGCCAGCAACUAAUGUGAGAACUCGACUUCUCCUCUCUUUAUUUUAGAUUUGGGAAAAUUCCCUGCCAAAAAAAUAUUUCCUGGAAAAUUCCCUAGUGUUUGUGAGAAGUUAACUGGAAGGCUUUGAAGAUCGCUGUCUUUGCUGAGGUUGUCCAGGGUUCCUUUUAAAAAGAAGAUUUCACUGAUCCAGGCAGUAGAAGACAUUCAGUCCAAGGAAGCACGAGCCAGCUCUUUGAGAGAGCACAGGAAGACCUGCACAGAGAUCCUUGAGACCAGAGCUGCUUCUGAGAGCUCGUCCAGCAUGUCGAAGCAAGGAGAUGAUUGCUAUUUCUACUUCUAUUCCACCUGUAACAAGGGAGACAGCUGUCCCUUCCGGCACUGCGAAGCUGCUCUGGGCAAUGAAACCAUCUGCACGUUGUGGAAGGAGGGCCGCUGCUUCAGGAAUGUCUGCAGGUUCAGGCACAUGGAGAUCGAUAAAAAGCGCAGUGAGAUUCCCUGCUUCUGGGAGAACCAGCCGGGAGGCUGCCAGAAAUCCAACUGUGCCUUUCAUCACACCAAGGGUCGUUAUGUCGAUGGGCUCUUCUUACCACCAAGCAAAACUACGCUGCCAAGUCCACCGGAGUCUGCAGAUGAUGAUCUGAAGGCAGCUCAGAUAACGCUGCAGCAGAGCAAGCUUUCUGUGCAGUCCAAUCCCUCUCCACAGUUGAGGGGAGUGAUGAAAGUGGAAAACUCAGAAAAUGUCCCAAGCCCUACGCAUCCUCCAGUUGUAAUCAAUGCUGCAGAUGAUGAUGAAGAUGAUGAUGACCAGCUUUCUGAGGAGGGAGAAGAAACAAAAACACCUGUCCAGCAACCAGCUGAAGAAAACCAUAACGGAUUGCGGAUAGUUUCCACUAGAAAAUCUAAUGCUGAUACAAAACAAGAUGACAGUUUGAAUUUUGGAAUAAAAACACUUGAAGAAAUCAAAUUGAAGAAACAAAAGGAAAAAACAAAAAAACAAAGUGAAGGGCCUUCAGGAGUUCCUGCUCAUCCGCUCCAAUCUCGGGCUGUUCCUGUGCCAGAGAAGGAGAAUGUGCGGACAGUGGUCAGAACUGUGACGCUGUCUGCAAAGCAAGGGGAGGAGCCUGUGAUUCGAUUGAAUAUUGCUGAGAAACCUGGGAAACGGAAAGCCUCUGUAGCUGAUGUGAGCGGCCUUCCGCUGAAGCGCAGCCUUGCAGAAAGGCUGGGGAAGAAGAUCGAGGUUGACAAAGCACCAAGGAGAGAGAAAGGUGCCAAGCCAGCAGGAGAGAUCCACGUGAAAACGCUGGAAGAGAUCCGUCUUGAGAGAGCUAAUCAGCGAGGAGAAACCCCAGCUGCCCCCCAGGCAGAAGGGUGCUGUAAGGUGGAGGAUCCCAGCUCAGGGGUGAGGCCUUCCCCUGCAGUUCGCAUCAAAACCUUCUCGGAAGCCCUGGCUGAAAGGAAACACAAACGACUGGAAGAAGAGAAACAAAAAGGAGAAGAGUUGCUUACUGAGAAGAGAGCUGAGGGUGAGCGCAAGAAGCAGAGAAUUCUCCCUCCAUCUGUGCCUGGUAAAGUGAAAUUGGAAGAGCCAGCACGUAAAAUCAAGCCUUUGGAAGAAGUGCAUAUUAAAACCUUGGAAGAAAUCAAGCAGGAGAAAGCUCUGCGGAUGCAGCAGAGUGGGGAAAAUGUUUCAGCUGCAGCAGCACAGCCUGGGCCUGCCCCUGCAGGGAGGAAGUUGUUGCGGAUCACAAAGCUAGCAGCACCUGGAAGAGAAGAGAAGAAGACUGCGGAAUUGAGCAGGGCUUCUCCCAAAGCUGUCUCUGCACCUGCAGAGCCCUCGGAUCAGAGUACACCAAAUUCUAAAGCUCAAGUGAAGAGCCUUGAGGGGACAAUAAAGGAGAAGCCACAACUGAGACAGCCAGACAAGCUGAAGAAGGAAGUGGCUGCUGUGCCAUCUGCUGCUGAAGAAACAGUCAAAGCAAAGUGCAAGGUGUGUGUGAAGCCUUCAGACAGCAAAGGCAGCACCCCCACGAAGCGGGCACUGAAGCGGAAGGCUGCUGAGAUCUCUCCCUCUGCUGUGGCAGCUGUGAAACCUCUGAGUAGCACUGAAACUGAGGAGCCUCCAGCUAAAAAAGCAGCUUUGACUGCUGCUCCAGCCCUGCCAGAGGACAGCCUGCUCACCAAGCCUGGCGUAGAGAAACCCCCCAGCAGCCUUGAACUGCAUCUGGGAAGCCAAACAGACUCUGUGGAGCAGUCAGAGGACUCGAGUUCAGCUUCAGCUUCUUCACAGUCAGUGGCCAAAGCACAGCAGCUGAGCUCCACGGGGGCUGGGAAGGCGCCCUUAUCUGUUGAAGAUGACUUUGAAAAGCUAAUCUGGGAAAUCUCAGGAGGGAAACUGGAAGCAGAAAUUGACUUGGACCCAGGGAAGGAUGAGGAUGACCUCCUUCUUGAACUUUCUGAGAUGAUUGACAGUUGAACUGCACAGUCUUAUGGCAUAUAAAAAAAAUUAAAACUUUUUUUUUUUGUUGGAUACCCCAGGGUGAUACUUUUUCUGAAGAAGGCUUCACAAUGAGUCUUAAAGCACAGUUGAACUGGUAAAAAUUGGCAGUCUGCAUUCCGUUGUCCUGGGUUUUCCUGCUGGUCAGAGUUGAGGUCCUGUGCAUCCAUUCCCUGAUCCUGGUUGGCUCCUUUCAGCAGCAAGAGGAGAAAGCAGUUCUGUGACUCAGCCCAGAAGGAUGUCCAUCUGUGUGCUGCAGUGGCUGUGAAUUGAUCUACUGAUUCAGUGAUGCUCUGAAGGCUUAAACCUAAAGAUUCUUCCUUCCUCGUCCCUUGGCCAUGCUCAGCGUUGGGUGCAGCUGGAAGCUUUGGUGUUCCAAUUUAUUGGGCAGUUGCUGUGUCUAGCCUGGAGUUCUGCCAGCUCGUUUUGUUUGUGUAUGCUUUUGUUUUGAAUUGAAUCCUUUAAGGCAACUUCAUGACGUGGAGGGGUGGGAGGGAGCAGAAUUAUUCUGGUAUUUUGGACCAAAUGUGCCACCAAGGAUGAGGGGUCCACCCCUCCCUUCCAGUUCUCAGCAGUGAUACAGCAUCAGUGUGAGAAGCAGGAGCUGCACACUGCAGCUGCAUUACUCUCACUCCCUUUUUCUUUUACCGUACUUUCAGUGCAUUCUGGUAAGAACGGGAUGCUGGGGCGAGCAGUCUGUAUUCCUCCGGUCCGCAGCAGGUGGGGCUGUUGAGGAUCGGUAGCAGUGCCUCUUGGCUUCCAGAACUGCUCCCUGUGCUGGGGCUGGAGCUGCUGCAGCACCGGAUGCUGUGUGAGAGGGCAGCAGGGAGCAACGUGCAGCUGUGACCCUGCAGGGACAUCUGGGAUGGCUGUGCUGUGCCCUGCCUCUGCUCAGUGUUUUACCUAGCAGAUAACUUUGGAAUUAUUUUUUUAACUUGUAGCAGAACUUUAGGCUUUUCCUACUGUGAGGUGUGAUGCCAUAGGGGCCCCCAGGUAUUUGCUGCGGGCAGAGGAGUAUCAGUCGUUGAGUUUAUUGUAAAUACUUUAUUUCUGUAAGACAGCACAUGUGCUUUGAUGUCCCACAGCAAUGUCUCAGCUCAACGUGAGCAGAGUGCAGCCAUGCUGGGCCUGCUGAGGGCAGCGCUGUGGGCACAGUGCAGCCCUGGGCUGGCUGAAGGAAGCCACAGUCAGCUGUUGUGAUUCAGCAGAAGAUUUUGUGAUUUUUCUGCUGUCAGCCUUCGCCUCUGGGUGGGAUUCUGCCCACUUUGUGAAUGCCAUUAUUGUUACUGUAAAUAUUUUAUCUUUUCAUUUUAUAUUUGCCUUCUAUUUAAGAUAUUGUAUGAACGUAGUCAGGCUCCUCUGUUUGCGCCAGCAGCUCUCAGCUGUGUUUUUAAAUAAAGCUGGCACAGGACAGCA